AUGGAUGACUUUGUGAGCGACACGUUGCCAUCGGCUACCCAGCCGUUGCCUAACUCCGCGCCUGCUGUUAACGAGACCACAGGACGCGGGCAAGUUACAUCAAAACGGCCAUCUAGCAGUCAUUUCGGGGAGCUUGACCAGACCCUGAAGUCAGGAUGCUGCAGCAGCCUCGCCGUCGCGCGCAAGAGCUGCGAUGGGCCUUCAGCCUGGGACAACCAACUCCCCGAAACCGGUGACAGCGGCCCAAACGAUCAAGGACCCCGAUCGCCGGGUACCUCUACAGCAACCGCGCGGCCUGCUGCUUCUUGUUGCGGAUGCGGAUGCGUCGAGGGCGGCACAUGUCGCUGCGGGACCGUCACUUUGCGCCUCAGCGCUUACGACCCGGCAGUUAACCCGGAUGAGUUCUUUGAGCUGUGCCGCUGUGACUGCAAUGAUUGCGCAUGCAACGCUCCAGAGCAGCUGGCCAAGGCGUCUUCCGUACCAGGAGGCCCCUGGCAAGCCCCCGCAUUUACCUUCAAAUACUCAGCCGCCGCCUCGCCCGCGCUGUGGCGUUCUCCGGGAGCACCCGCCGCAGCCACCGCCGCCGCCGUCGCCGGGGACUUGGCAACAGCCGCCGCCGCCGCCGCUCACCCGGUUGCUGCCGCCGCGACGGCAGCGGCGGAAGCGAGGGAAGCGUUGGCUCGGCGGCGCAGUCUUGCACAGCAGUUGUUGGUCGAAGCGAAGGCGCUCGGUGUGGCGGAGGUAAAGGUCGACCAGCGCAGCGGCGUCGUGGAGGUGUGGGCGCGGCCGCCGGCAGCGGGGACGUGCGGUGCCGCUGGCGAAGGCGCGGAGGCGGCGCCGGUCGCGGCCGCAGCUGGUGCUGCCGCGGCCGCGGCCGCCAGCAAGCCCCUCCGUUCCGCCAUUGGGGCGUUGCUGACACGGAUGGGUUUUGGUCCCGGAGCCCCCCCGGGAGCUACCCCCUGGGGGACGCCCCGGGGAACCCCCAACAUCACGCCGCAGCCAACUGCCACUGGACUUACCACAUCCUCACCGGAGUCCCAGCAUCACCAAUUGCCACGUUCGGAUGCCGCGUUUUUUCCCGUCGCCCCCCUGCCGUACACCGUUACGGCCGCGGCGGAGGAGGUGUACGAACGGGCCGCCGCCAGCACCCUGGCUGCUGCGCGUGCCAGUGUUGAAGGCCCGCCGUCGAGGUCCCCGUCAUCGGUGGCGGCGGCGUCGCCGCCGCCGGCAGGUCCCCUUUUCCCUGAUCGUACGGCUUCGGCGGCAACGGGGACGCCGGCGCUCCCGCUACCACCAAUUAUGCGUACGGCAGAUUUUCGUGUGACAGGCAUGACGUGUGCUGCCUGUGUGGUGGCAUUGGAGGGGCAGCUGAAGCGGCUGGCGGGGGUGGGGUCUGUGACCGUGUCGCUGAUGACGGAGCGCUGCCAGGUGGAGUACAACCCUUCUUUGGUGGGCCUUGCCAACCUGGUGGACACGAUCGAGGGCUGUGGAUUUGACGCAGCUCUGGCCACGGAGGGUCAGGAGCCCGGCGCCGCCCGUCUUAAUAUUCGCGGCAUGACCUGUGCCUCGUGUUCGGCUGCCGUGGAGUCAGCUCUUCGAGGACUAGCUGGCGUGACAGAGGCGUCGGUCAACCUGCUGGCGGGACAGGCACUGGUCAAAUAUGACCCACGGGUCGUUGGUGGCCCUCGUGAGCUUAUUGAGGCGGUGGAGGAGGCGGGAUAUGGAGCCGCUUUGUGGAAGGAGGGAGAGGACGAUGCGGGGGCAGCGUUGCACGUUCGCGAGGCUAGCAAAUGGAGGCAGCAGUUGCAGCUGUCGUGCAUUUUCUCCGUACCGCUGCUACUGCUAUCCAUGACGGCCAUGCUACCGCCAUUCAUGGAGCUAGAGAGCGGCUUCUUGCUGUUUGAUCGCGUGCCGGCGUUGUGGGUAUUGGAGUUGUUGUUGGCGGCUCCCGUACAGUUCGUGUGCGGGGCAACGUUCUACCGAAGUGCCCUGGCCUCCCUCCGCCACGGUUCGGCCAACAUGUCCCUCCUGGUGGCGCUGGGCACCUCUGCGGCGUUCGGGUACUCGCUGGCGUCUCUGGGGCUGGCGGCAGCAGGGCUGGGGGGAGGCGGGGGGGGAGCAGGAGGAGGGGGAGGGGGAGCGGUGUAUUUUGAGACGUCGGCGCUCAUCAUUACUUUUGUGCUGAUGGGCAAAUGGCUGGAGUCCAACGCCAAGGCCCGUACGGCAGAUGUGGUGACCUCCCUGCUCCAACUGGCCCCCCGUACGGCAAGUUUGUUGAAAUUGGAUCCUGCCACUGGCAGGGUGUUGGCGGAGAGAGAGAUUCCCGUGGAGUUGAUACAGGUGGGUGACGUUCUCCGAGUGCUCCCGGGGGGGUCGAUUCCCACCGACGGGGCGGUGCUGGCAGGCAGGUCGGCGGUGGACGAGUCCAUGGUGACAGGGGAGAGCCUGCCGGUGAAGAAGGUGGUGGGGGCACAGUUGAUUGGUGGUACGGUCAACGGUGAGGGUUUGCUCUUGAUGCGCGCUACGGCCGUGGGUAGCUCUACCGUACUGGCGGGAAUAGCUAGGUUGGUGCAGGAGGCGCAAACCAGCAAGGCACCUGUGCAGGCCACGGCGGAUACGAUUGCCGCCUACUUUGUACCCACCAUCGUUCUGAUUUCCUUGGCGGUCUUCGUGGCCUGGCUGGGAGCUGCCGCUGCGGGUGCGGUGCCUGCGUCCUCCCUUCCCCGCGGCGUCUCCCCGCCGCUGCUGGCCCUGCUGCAUGCCAUUAGCGUGGUGGUGAUUGCGUGUCCGUGUGGUCUGGGACUAGCCACACCUACGGCGGUUAUGGUGGGGACGGGCGUAGCGGCGAAGCAGGGAGUGCUGAUCAAGGGCGGCGCCGCAUUGGAGCGAGCUCAUAAGGCCCGAGUAAUUGUGUUUGACAAGACCGGCACCCUCACUCGCGGUGACUGUGCCGUACGCAAUGUCGUACUGCUUGACACCUCGGGGCGACCUGUCGACACGCCGGAUGGCGGCGCUGAAGGUCGCGGUAUCGCCUGUACGGCGGAGCUGUCGCCAGGCGCUGCAGCUGCCGUACGCGCCGCCCUCGGCGGCGCAACGCCAGCGGCCAUCGCCGCCGCCGCCAAAGGCGGCGGCAGCGGCAGCUUCACUGUCGCAAUUGGCAAUGCGGCCUGGAUGGAGGAGCAAGGGUGCCCUCUGAGUUCGGCGGCGUUAGCCGUACUCGAGCGCUUGGAGUUGCAGGAGGGUUGUACGGUGGUGGCGGUGGCGGCGGCGGGAAGCCCGCUGGCUCUGGUUGCACUGCGGGAUAGCGUCAAGCCCGAGGCCUGCCGCGUGGUUUCGGCGCUACACCGCAUGGACCUGGAGGUGUGGAUGGCCACCGGAGACUCCAGACGUGUGGCUCGGGCCGUAGCCUCCGAGUUGGGUAUCCCUGCCACCUGUGUUUUGGCGGAGGCUACACCCGCUGCCAAGCUACAGCUCAUUCGAGAGCUCAAGGCAGGCCGUACAGCGGCGGCGGCCGCUGCCGCGGACGAGUAUGAGUACGGUAACGACGGCAACGGCGAGGAUGCCGCGUACGACAGGACCAACCAUGUUACCGUACACGUGUCAGGUGGCGGCGGGGAUGAGGGCUUGCAUGCGCCGUUGCUGGCGGAUGGGAAGGCGGGUGAGUCGGUGCUAUCAGAGGAGGACCGGCAAGGGGCACUGUGGUGGUGGCGGCGGGCGUGGCGGCGGAGGGGGCGGCAGGCAGGGAAGGCGCUUCCGCAGCCUCGCGUGGUUGCGAUGGUUGGCGACGGCAUUAACGAUUCUCCAGCUCUGAGCGAGGCGGACGUGGGUAUCGCCAUCGGCGCCGGCACCGACAUUGCGGUGGAGGCGGCCAGCGUGGUGCUUAUGCGAAGCAACCUAGAAGACGUCGUGGUCGCGCUGGACAUUUCCCGUGUCACCUUUCGCCGCAUCCUUCUCAACUUCGUGUGGGCGUACGGUUACAACUCGGCGGCGGUGCCCCUGGCAGCUGGAGCACUGUGGCCGCUGACCCAUACGUUGGUCCCUCCCUGGGUGGCUGGGGCCGCCAUGGCGCUGAGCAGCGUUAGCGUGGUGGCAAGCUCCCUUGCGCUCAGAGCUUAUCGCCGACCCAAGAUUUAG